GGGGAUCCUAAUUGUUGGAAGCGGCAGCUCUAGCGUAAGCGGAUCGGGAGCCGUUGACGAGGUCGGAGCAGCCGCCGCACAACCUGCGCCCUGAGCCACCGGCCUCGCCAUGGUGGACAGUAUCUACCGGACUCGCUCGCUGGGCGUGGCAGCCGAGGGGCUCCCGGACCAAUAUGCGGAUGGCCGGGCGGCGCGCGUCUGGCAGCUCUACAUCGGCGAUACGCGGAGCCGCACGGCCGAGUAUAAGAACUGGCUGGCGUCGCUGCUGCGCGCUCAGUGCUGCAAGACGGUGCUCGACGUGGCCUGCGGCACCGGUGUGGAUUCCAUUAUGUUGGUUGAAGAAGGAUUUAGUGUCACCAGUGUAGAUGCCAGUGACAAAAUGCUCAAAUACGCCUUGAAGGAGCGAUGGAACCGUCGAAAAGAAGAUCCGUUUGAUCAUUGGGUAAUUGAAGAGGCUAACUGGCUCACCUUGCCACAGGAUCUACAGAAACCGGGCGAAGGCUUUGAUGCUGUCAUCUGCUUAGGGAAUUCUUUUGCCCAUCUUCCAGAUUUUAAAGGUGACCAGGGUGUUCAUAAACAGGCUCUUAGGAAUAUUGCCAGCAUGGUUCGUCCAGGUGGCAUUCUUGUCAUUGAUCACCGUAAUUAUGACUACAUCUUGGAAACAGGUUGCGCCCCUCCUGGGAAAAAUAUCUACUACAAGAGUGAUUUAACCAAGGACAUUACUACCUCGGUUCUCCUUGUGAAUAACAAACCGAAUAUGGUGACAUUGGACUACACUGUGCAGAUCCCACAUGAAGGCAGUGAUGGAAAUUCAGACUUAAGUCAGUUCCGUCUUUCUUAUUAUCCUCAUCGUCUGGAGCCUUUCACAGAACUAUUGAAAAAUGCAUUUCAAGGCCAAUGUGAACACACAGUCCUGGGGGACUUCAAGCCUUACAUACUAGGCCAGAAGCCUGGCCCAUGCUAUUUCAUCCAUGUAGUGAAGAAAACUGGCUGAGAUCUAGUCAACAGACUAGUCUAGUGGUCAUAUGGGGUCUUUUCAAUGGGUGACAAGGUGCAGAACUUGUAUAAGCAAGAAUAAAUAUGCAUAGGUAUUAUAUAAACCAGAAUUUUCCCAAAGAGUCCAGUGUAAUUAAUACACUUUGAGGAUUGAAAUGCUUAAUGGCAUUGGAGGGAAGGAGGUGGGAUAAGAUUGCUUUGCAUCUCAGUCUCAGUUGCACAGUUGGCUAAAAUGUACAUUGUUCUCUCUUGAUACUUUCUUCCUCUUUUUGCUGGAAAUGCCUGGCUAAUUUACACCUAUGUUAGACUAAUGAUUACAGUGAUGCAGUUUUUCUUCAAGGGAAGAAAGGCUGGGAAGAAAGGAACAAGGGGGACAAAAAAACCUUAUUUCAUUCUUUAUUGUGCCUGGGGAAUCAGUGCCCCUUCAGUUUAAGUUGGACUAUACUCCUCACUGCCUACACUAGCUGGAGCUGAUCAGAACCGAUGACCGGCGUGUAUUUCCAACAACUUGUGAGAUAACUUCAAAAUAAAUCUACUUUCUGCCUUCACACUA